UCUGAAAAAUAUCUUUCGAAACUUGGGGAGUUUUCGUACUGAACACAGUGGCCUAGUGGUAACAUUAAGGAAUUCAAGCUUUGGGGAAGUAUUUGAAGGUAGCAUUGGACAAGUGAGGAAUAAAUAGGAAGAAAUCCACGUCGCCUCUCUUGCAUCAUAAAUGUACACCCGUGCUCCGUCCUCAAUGUGUUCGUUUGUUUAAAGAAAACAUCGUUUUUAAUGAGUUUUUAAAGAGUGUUCAUAGUGGCGGGAUAAGGCGGGGGGAGCGAGCCAGAGCCUGGUCCUGUUUACUGAGGGGGGAAGAGGAGAGCACCAACAUGGAGCUGGAAGACGGAGUGGUGUACCAGGACGACCCGGGGACGGCAGCGAUGAUGUCGGAGCGGGUGUCGGGCCUGGCCAACUCCAUCUACCGCGAGUUCGAGCGCCUCAUCGGCAAAUACGACGAGGACGUGGUGAAGGAGCUGAUGCCGCUGGUGGUGGCCGUGCUGGAGAACCUGGACUCGGUGUUCGCGGAGAACCAGGAGCACGAGGUGGAGCUGGAGCUGCUGAAGGAGGACAACGAGCAGCUCAUCACCCAGUACGAGAGGGAGAAGGCGCUCAGGAAACAUGCGGAGGAGAAGUUUAUCGAGUUCGAAGACACUCAUGAGCAGGAUAAGAAGGACCUGCAGAACCACGUGGACAGAAUGGAGUCUCAGUCUCGGCAGCUUGAACUCAAGAUCAAGAACUAUGCAGACCAGAUCGGGAGGUUAGAAGAGCGAGAGCUGGAGCUCAAGAAGGAGUACAGCUCCCUCCAUUUGAGACACUCAGAGAUGAUCCAUAAUUACAUGGAGCAUGUUGAGAGGAUCAAACUGCAGCAGAUUAAUGAGUCUUCAGAGUCAGGCACAGCCGGCCGAUCCAGGAGAGAGCGGCCCCUUUCUUUGGGGGUUUUCCCUUCGUCUGGUGGGACGUCUCAAAUAAUCCCAGAUUCCCACGCCAAAGCAGAGACUCCCGGCACAGAAGGCUGGAGGUUCGCUGACUCAGCACAGCCACGGUCCAACGCCAGUCUCAAGUUGGACUGUGUCGACCCCCCAAAGGAAGGGGAGGGUAAGAGUGCGCAGGACUCUACUUGGGGGAAUUCACUGGCAGACGACUGCAAGGACGAGCUGUCAGACUCGAAUGGCUCCAAGUCAGUAACACCGAUGUCCACCACCACCUCAGACAUGGAGAAGGAGGAUGGAAGUAGUAAAAGCACAGAGGUGCAGGCUGCAGCAGGGACCAGAUCCAAAUCAGCAGCUUUGCCUGAAAAUGAGGACAGCUCAGACAUGCAGGACAUCAUCGAGUCCACACCUGAGCUGGACAUGGAUCUCAUUGGAUUGAAACCCUGCAGUACUCCUACCAAAGGAAUUGAGAACAUGGCAUUUGACCGCAACACAGACUCUCUUUUUGAGGAGCUGUCAUCUGCAGGCACGGGGCUCAUAGGAGAUGUGGAUGAAGGGGCUGACCUGCUGGGAAUGGGCCGGGAAGUUGAAAAUCUAAUUCAGGAGAAUUCACAGCUGCUUGAGACAAAGAAUGCCUUGAAUGUGGUGAAUAAAGACUUGAUCCUGAAGGUGGAUGAGUUGACUUGUGAGAAGGAGAUGUUGCAGGGAGAGUUAGAGGCUGUGCUGCUGGCCAAAACCAAGCUGGAGGAGAAGAGCAAAGAUCUGGAGGAAGAUCUCAAAAAAGUGCGACUGGAGGUGGAGGAGGUGAAACAGAAAAGCAAGGAUGAAGAAGAUGUGAGUUUUUUUCACUUGCAUGACAACAUGUGCAUUGUCCGUCCUGCUAGCAGCCCUAUAAUCCCAGAUCUAAUUCUUUGUGGGUUUAAUUGUGUGCUGCUGCAGAGUGACGUACCCACAGCCCAGAGGAAACGCUUCACCAGAGUGGAAAUGGCCAGAGUAUUAAUGGAGAGGAAUCAGUACAAGGAGCGACUUAUGGAACUGCAGGAAGCGGUGAGGUGGACCGAGAUGAUCAGGGCUUCAAGAGAAGCUCCAAAUUUUGCAGAAAAAAAGAGAUCCAGCAUCUGGCAGUUCUUCAGCAGACUGUUUAGUUCCUCCUCCAGCAACCCUGUCAUGAAGAAGGUUGAGCCCCAGUCUGGUGUAAAAUACAACACCCCGGGCACCUUAGUGAAGAGGAGCAGCACAUUCUCACAGUUCCCCACAGAGAAGUCCAAGAUCUUCGAUUUUGUCAAUGAGGGAGCGGAUCAGUGCAGCUCACCUUCACGCAAGGAGGAGAAGAAAGCCCGGUAUCAACAGGUCAAGGCCCACAUGCAGAAGGAGGACGGGCGAGUCACUGUUCACGGCUGGAGCCUGCCCAGCAAACACAAGGUGGCAAAUGGUGGACAGAUGGAAAGCAAGAUGAACUUACCAGUACCAGUGUACCUGACACCUCUGGACCAAAGGGAUAGCUCUAUGAAGCUGUGGUGUGCUGCGGGAGUCAACAUGUCCGGGGGUAGGACAGUUCCCUCAUCAGAGCUCUCCAGGCAGACAAAAGGUUCCCAGAGCAGCCUGGACCAACUGGAGCAGGAGAAUAAGGAGCAGGAGAAAGCGGAGAGAGAACUGAUCCUUCAGGAUGACAUGUCCAGUAGGGUGUGGGUGUGCAUGAGCACCCACUCCUCCACAAAGGUCACGGUGCUGGACUCCACUCAGCCCAAUGAUACGCUCGACAGCUUCUACGCCUGCAACACACACGUCGUCUGCAUUGCCAGCGUUCCAGGUGUGUUGGAUACAGAUUAUCCAGCAGGCGAGGAGGUUCCCCAAGACCCAGAGAGUGAUGGGGUGUCAUUAGCUGGCAGUGUGGCCAGUGUGGGCUCAACAGGCAGCGACGGUACCGUGGCAGCAGAAGGGCUCACCGCCGUCCCUCAGACAGCCCACUCAGGUGUUGGCGACCAGCCGGCCGAGCACACCGCCGUCUCAGGCCCAGUGGGGCUGUCCAGAGAGGGCAGUCCAGCAGAGGACGGCAUCCCUACAGCGGAAGAAGCAACAGAGGCAACAGAAGCUAACACUGGAGUGGGUGCAGAUGGAGACGAGGAUCAGGGUGCAGAUGUGAACCAGCCAGGGAUCUAUACAGAGCACGUGUUCACCGACCCGCUGGGAGUGGGACCCACGGACGCGUCUCCUUCUGCAACACUGAGAGGCUCUGGACACGAUGGUUUGCCGUCCCUACCAGAAGACGCAGGAACAUCAGAGGGGGAGGUCUUGAGGAUGAGCAGCGCACUCCCCACGAUGUGGCUGGGAGCACAGAACGGAUGUCUGUAUGUGCACUCGUCUGUGGCUCGAUGGAGGAAAUGUCUCCACGCCAUCAAGCUCAAAGACGCCAUCCUCAGCAUCGUCCAUGUUAAAGGAAGAGUUCUCGUAGCCUUGGCUGAUGGGACAUUGGCAAUUUUCCACAGAGGCAUUGCAGACGGCCGGUGGGAUCUGACCAACUAUCACCUGUUAGACCUGGGCCGGCCGCACCACUCCAUCCGCUGUAUGACAGUAGUCCAUGACAAGGUGUGGUGCGGCUACAGAAACAAGAUCUACGUCAUCCAGCCCAAGGCCAUGAGGAUAGAGAAGUCAUUUGACGCUCAUCCUCGCAAGGAGAGUCAGGUGCGUCAGCUGGCCUGGGUCGGAGAUGGCAUCUGGGUGUCCAUACGACUGGAUUCAACUCUACGCUUAUUUCACGCCCACACCUACCAGCACCUGCAGGACGUGGACAUCGAGCCCUACGUCAGCAAGAUGCUGGGUACUGGUAAACUGGGUUUCUCUUUUGUGAGAAUCACAGCUCUGGUGGUGUCCUGCAGCCGACUGUGGGUGGGGACAGGAAAUGGAGUCAUCAUCUCCAUACCGCUGUCUGAAGCUAACAUGACAGCAGGAAUCGUGCCAAACCGCCCGGGUAGUGCCGUGCGGGUCUACGGUGAUGACGGCUCAGACCGGGCCGUGUCAGGCAGCUUUGUGCCGUACUGCUCCAUGGCCCACGCCCAGCUUUGUUUCCAUGGACAUCGAGAUGCAGUCAAGUUUUUUGUGACUGUCCCAGGUCAGGCGAUGCCGCCUCCAGGAAGUGCAGAUUCAGGCUCUGAUGACCCGCCGUCUGAAUCCUCUGACACAGCAACCUCUGAGCCCAAAACCUUCCUGGUGAUGAGCGGAGGAGAAGGCUAUAUCGACUUCAGAAUCGGCGACGACGGCAGUGAGCUGGACGGUUUACCCGAGCCGACAGCCAGCACUCAGCACUCGGCACCCACCAAGGCUGAGCGCAGCCACCUGAUCGUCUGGCAGGUCAACACUUCUCAUGACUGAAAAAACAUCACAGAUUGUUGCGUGAACAUCAGGGGCAUCCACCGACCUUGCAUGCCCUCCUCAAAGUUUUUACCUUUCUUUUACCGAUUGUUCAUUAUGUCUGAGUUGAUGACUACUUUGUAAGGAAACAAAACGAACAAACAAACAAAAAAAGUUAUUUUUAGUCCAUGUUUUGUACAUUUUAUUCUUGAUGAAUUUGAAGCAGGUAAGAUUUUGUUUAUGUUAAAUUAAAGAGCACGUCCAGAGGCGGUCCCUUCUGCUGGGUGGCAUGUUGGAAAAGCUGGUGUACACGGGCUCACACGGUCCUGUAUUGGUUGUUUGAUCAGGUAAAUGUUUGAAUCCUACAGGAUUCAGAUGGGAAGGACAAAGGGGUGUUUUUAAGAAGUUAUGUGGCGAGUGAAACAGGAGCAGGUGGUUUCUCUUCGCAUUUCUACACAUUUUUGACCGAUUUCCAGCAUUGAAGAUUUUUUUAUGAUACAUUCAGUUUGGGCUGGGUGUGAAAAACCCACAGUUUAACACAUGAAAUACUUCAAAUCCGGUUACUUGAUAGAAUUUAAGGCGUAACAUUUGACUGUUUUGCCUGUCUUUAAUUAGAACAGCAGCUUCCAGUUGAGUGGUGCAAAGAAAACACUACAUAAACGUUGUCUAAUUACAAUCCAAAAUAUAGCUGUAUGGUUGUAUUUGAAGGCUGCCACUGUUUUAUGUCCUGUGAAGAAUAUUUAAGCACUUUGGGUAUGUUGAAGAGAUAUUUUGGUUUUAACUACGUGGGGUUGUUUGAAAUACUAAAGAGUAGUUAUUCUGUAACCUGCAGUCGAAAGCUACACACCUCCAAAAAAAAUGCAAGCGGUGAACAGGUGUCCCUGUUCGCUUCAGAAACAGUUCCUCCAGUGAGGAAUUCCACCUUCCGUGUGCAAAGACAUGCAGCCUUUUUUUGGGCUACAUGCUCCGGAGCCAAAUAAGAUCGUGUCAGAUUGAUUGCAAACAUUUUGUGUUUUGGUAAAUUUUGUAAUAUUAGCAAACAUCAAAUUAUUGCCCAUUGAAUCGAUAAUAUUGUACUUGUGAGUUACCCCCCCCUAGCAAAUACAUCUAAUACAGAUUCUGCUGGAUCAACUAUGAAAUUUAUGAGGCUUGAAUUUUUGUAAAAGAUUUGAUUGUUGGUAGCCGGUGGCUAUUGAACGAGCUGCUCGGUGGUGUGGCUGCUGUCUGCUGCAGUGAAAACACCAACUACUCAGAAGUACUUGACACAAUCCCACUUUAAACAGAAAAAACAGAAACAAAACUGAAGAUCCUGUGAUUAGCAUUAGUCUGCAUGAGGAAGUCCUGUACUGUGUGCCUGCUUGGCCAUGUCGAAGCUCAACUCUUGUAGCGUUUGUGGAGAAAUGCCGCCUGUGCCAGCAGCUCAGUGCUUCCUGUUUGCUUCAGCUCGUCGGCACUUUAAAAUGUUACAUGUUAGUCGCUAGAGUUUGGAAGGAACACAUGUAAGUAAUGGAAACCGCACUAGCGAGUUAUACAUGUGUAAAGGGAACAAAAUUUAGAAUAUUUUUUAUUUUUUUGCAAAGGAAGGUCCCGGGAACCAAAGGUUCGUAGACGAGACACCACGAAACUGCUCAAUGUCAGAGCGUGUGCUUGUUUUCAGGGUGUCGUUGGAAAUAAGGCUGGAAAAGGGAAAAAUAACUAAAAGGGACAUUUUUGCCAGGGACGACGCAGUACUAAAGAGAGUCACUCCUGAUUGUUUUCAUUCCUUGUUCUGUUGUUACGUUUACAUCCGACGAUCCCAGAAGUAACAGUCAUUAUUUUUGUUGUCAUCUUGGCAUUCCAGCUCAUAUUCUUCUCUGUAUUAUUUUUGUGAGACACUUCCAUCAGGCAAUGAGUAAUUUGACGACUCACUGUAACACAAUGCCACUAUUAAAGGAGACCAUUUGUUUUUAUAUCGGGCCACGUUUGGUCAGAAGUCCAUUUCAAAGCAGUAACUUUCUAUUGUGUUUGCCAUUCCAGUAUUUAUUUUCUCUGUUAUGGAGCCCGUACGGGCUCAGAAUGUAACUUUCUACAUGAACAAAAUAUCAUAGGAGGCUAUUGUGAACUAAAUAGUCAAAUGAGUUUACAUGAUUGUUAAUAAUGGUUAAAUAAAAUAGAUUCAUGUAAUCAUGUUGGACAUUUUUCAAAGCGUGCAAACAAAACAUUCAUAUAAAGCUAUGCAUGUUUUUUUUUUUCUUUUGAUAAAAACACUGCUCCGUUAACUGCAAAAUGUUGGUUUGGUCUUUGGAUCUGCUUCGAGUGGAGUGUGUGUGUGUGUGUGUGUGUGUGUGUGUGUGUGUGUGUGUGUGUGUGUGUGUGUGUGUGUGUGUGUGUGUGUGUGUGUGUGUGUGUGUGUGUGUGUGUGUGUGUGUGUGUGUGUG